GACGAAUGAACGUAGAUGCAGAUGGCGCGUCGAAUAUGACAAGUCGCUUAACGACUAACCUCACAGAUUACCCUCUGCCUCUGUUCUCCCUUUUAGAUACAGCGCGCCCUCGUGUGAUCAUUGGUGGAAAAGCAUCGGGUCGAUUUUUCGUGCAUCAACAGUGUGUGCUAUCAACGGUGCUGUCAGCACUCUCAGCUGACGAACAGAAGGAUAAUAAUAAUAUACAUCGAAAAUGUCGUUCGGUGAAAAAAUAGCAUCGAUCAUGCAAAAGCCUGGACAGGAUCCUGUUGCCAAGGAUGAUGUACCUUGGUGGAUGAAAUAUGCAGGCCGUGGACUCGGUACCGUAGGCAGUAUAAUUGCAAUAUUUCUCGGAGCUUGGAACUGUACGUCUAUUCUUUUUGGUAACAUUGGCUGUUUACUCAGCGGUAUGUGGCAAAUGAUAGCUGGUUUCUUAGUUGUAAUGAUCGAAGCACCAUGCUGCUGUCUAUUCAUCGACUUUGUACAGAAUUUAAGCGACUGGGUGGAGAAAAGGCCAUAUUGGAAUAGAGCGGCUGUUUAUUGUCUAAUAGCGUUGCCAGCAGUCUUCCUAUGUGCAGAAUUCGUUAGUAUAUUUGGUAGCGGAUUAAUAUUUGCAACAGGUAUAAUAUACGGAUUGAUGUCUCUCGGUAAAAAGGCACCCUUUGGCGAAAUGAGAACAACAGCAAUGGAUACUCAAGCUCCAUCAUCGAGCAUGCGAUCCACGUUAGUUGAAAAUACUCAGCCAAUCGGUCUUAGCAGUACCCCAGGUAGUAUUGUUUGAUCGUUAGGAAUUAAUGGAAUACGAGCGAUCCAACAUUUUGUGCGAAUGACACUGACAGUGUUAAUCGAUCGAAACGAUCACACAGUAGCUAAGCCCACGAACAUGCUUCGUUUCAUCAUAGCUAUGACAUUGACGCGUAUUGUAAUUCCAAUAUAUCAAUAGUAAUUUCACGUGUAUCGAAUCGUUUUGGGACAAAUAGAAAUUGCAUUAUGGAUAUACAUAGAUUUAAACGUGAUUUAGAGAAGAAUUCUCGAUAUAUGUCGUGAAUAACCUGGAUCCCCUGAAACCCCUUUUUGCUUCCCACCUUCUUUUGCAUAAUGUUCCAAUUGAUCAACAAAAAUUAUACGCGUUCAUCCUUACUUUUGCGUUCCAAAUUGCGUACCAAAAACGUAUGUAUAACGAAGAAAAAAUGAAAUGGGAUAUAUUAUGGGAAAAGACAUUAUAGGGAAAUUUAUUAUACUUUGUUUAAAAUAAUGCCAAAGUCAAAGACUGUCACGGAAAAUGAUGUUGUUCAUGGGCCUAGUUAUCCAUGGCCCCUUCCUUUUGUCCACCGUAUGUCAUAAGAUAUACCGUUUCUAACAGACGGAACAACAAAAAAUUGCGACAUGAUUCGUUUGGUGAUUUGUAAUGACGAAGCGCUUCACAUUCUGGACAUGAUUAUUUUCUCUUGUGAAUUAGUACAUAUUUAUUUAACAUUUGAAAACGAAAUCAAUGGUCGCGUAUAUCAGCAUUUCGAAUCUAAAUUAUAAGACAAAUCGCACAUUUAUAGAAUGUCUCGAAAAGUAGGGAGACUUUAUAAUCCUUUUACGUAUGUAUCAUGUUACUUCCAUGUAGACAAGCUUCUCUCUGCCAAAUGAAUUGUAAAAUGCGUAAAAUUUAAAUGUGUUUCACAAUAGCAUUUUAUGCGUACAUUUCAGCGGUAUUAUAAAUUUUAUUGUACAAGUUUCAUUAUGUGUAUACGUACGUGUGCAUGUGGGCAUGUGUGUGUGUGUGUGUGUGUGUGUGUGUGUGUGUGUUCGCGUGCGUGCGUGCGUGCGUGCGUGCAUGUGUGCGUGUGUGUGCACAUAUAGCGCUACAAACUUAAAAACAUUAUUGUAUGUUGGCAAUAUAAUAAAGCCACGUGAAAAUACGUACGCAAGGUUGAUCCGGUUGCUUCGAUGUUUAUUUUUGACGGUUCAAUACCUCGGUUUUGAUUCGGAUAUUUUGUUUCCGUAAAGGAGAAUUAGUGCCAUGCGCGUUCUUGUGUUAUCUUACUCUACAGUUAAGAUAAAACAAAGCGGUGUAGCACUUCGCGCGCGUUUGUAUCAAAGAAAGACACUACGCGUGCGUGAUGAUAAGUGAUCUGUUUUAUUGUGUGUGUAUGGCAGAGAGAGAGAGAGAGAGAGAGAGGAAGAUUCAAUAAUCUUUUCUAUUGGCACAUUCUUGCAUAUCAAAGGCUCGUACAAACAAUAUAGACUUUUUGCCAACUAUAAGACGAUAAGCGCGGUGGAAAAUUGUAGCGUUAACAAAUGACAAAUUGGUGUUUCUUUAACAAAAAUUAAAUUCGACACUACUUUCCUAAUAUUUUUGAUUUUUUACAGAAAAUAUUUUGUGAUAAAUGAGAGAUUUUAGAAACAAUGGGACAACUUAUUUAAAUAACGAAUGUAUGCUUGAAAAGUUAAGUAAACUAUUAAAAUGUAUAUAUAUUUGAUCAUAUUGAGUUAUGAAUCCGCGAAAAGCUGUAUAUUUAAUCGUUUUCGCAACAUAAGAAGAAACACCUCUAGACUUAUCUAGACUUAUGUUCUCAUCGAUACGUUCGACACAAACUUUCGUUUUGACAGUGGCAAACGUCCGUUCACAGAAUUCCCAUUUCUUUUUUUGUUUAAAGAAGAUAAAUUUCAAGUUGCUCAAAAGAUUUUUAGAUAAAAUAUUUGUUUGUGAUUUUAUUAUAUAACCUGUAUAUAUAUGUGCGUAUUGUCACAAGUGUCCAACAUACCCACACAAACAUACAAAAUCAUUAAUACUUCAUUUAAACGAUGAAGAUGUUGACUUCUCUUUUUUGCAAGUAUGGUUUACUCAAGCAAUAUAAAUAUUAGAAAUUGCGGACAAGAGACACCUAUGAUACUUGGUUGCUCAUAUAUUAAUUUCGUAAUAUUCCGUUAAUAUAAUGCUCUCCGAAUUAUUGAUAUUGAAUGUGCCAAGAGUGCUUCUUAAUCAAUCAUCAUUCAGUUCCCUGAGCAUUUGUUUCAUUUUUCAUUUGGAAUUUGCGUCUUAGAUUCUUUAGCCUGCGCUCCAAAUCAUCUGCUUCCCCCAUACACACAUUCCUAUAUCUCUAUUAAUUUAUUUAAGAGGUAAAGACUAUAUAAUAGGAUGUUCAUUAUAUCAUCCAACCUUUACUUGAUCUUCGUGAAACGUUCCUGUAUGUCACGAUUAUUGAAUAAAUCCCAUGUUGACGCGUGAUUGUCGUAGAAGUAGCUAUGUAAUCGUAUUAACAGCUUACAUUAUAAAACUUCUUAAUUGUGAUUUUUAUUUUAUAUUUAUAUAAGUGUGACCGCCUAUAAUGAGAAAUGAAAUAAUGAAAUAAAUAAUUCUUGUGAUGAUUAAGUACAUCAUGCCCUCCAAAA